AUGCCCGCGCCGCCCGGGCUCCUCACCGGCCACAGCGGCUCAUCGCCCCCGCGGGCUGCAGGCCGGCUGCAGCGGCGCCCAGGGCAUGACAGUCGGCCGCGGCCGCCCGCCGGAGCUCGUGGGCUGGCAGCUGUCAGAGGACUGCGGGGCAGCGCAUCUGGAGCUCGAGCGCUGGGGGCCAGGGCGCAGGGCACGGAGUGCGGACCCUCAGCGCCUAGCCAAGGAACAGGGAUGGCCCGAGUGGCCCGGGCAAGGCCGGGAGUCCCGGCCGCUUUCGCCUGGGGAUCCCUGCGGGAGGGGCGGGACAGAGAGCAGCGCGGCGCGCCCUGGCGGCUCGGAGGGACCCCGGAGGGGGCUGGCUGCCGUGUCGCCCGGGCUUUCCCGGGGCUGGGAGCACGCGACUCAGCCUCGCCUGCCGUCACCGCGGGAGACGUCUCGGCCUCGCAGCGUGCAGAGGGGACGAGCGUAGGGGCCGGUUUCUGGGCGAGCCUAGAGCUUUGCCCAUUAAGCCUCCGCAAGAAGCCAAAUCAAAAAGCCAAUCUCCAAGCCUCCAAACCCGACGUCACCCUAUCAGCUGGGAGACAGCCACACCGAAUGACAAGCCGCGCAUAUUUAGCCUCGCGCACGGAGGGGAGACUUGUACAACGCUUCGUGGCGGGCCAGGGACAUUGGGCCCGAUCCUCGCACGCAGGGAGCCCCGGAAUAUCGAAGGGGGACACAAGCCCUACCCGGAGGCCACCCACCCAAUCGUUGAGCCCUGGAGCUUGGAGCUUUGCGACAGGCAGCAGCUGUGAGAAGGCGAAGCGUCCUGACCUGGAUUCCCCAGAGUUGGAAGCUAGCAGGCGGGAGCUCAGCACCAGCUUUCCCCCUUGUCCCCAGGAGACGCCGCCUGAAAUUCCGAAAUUAAGUCCCCUCCAAACACAUCUGUGGUUUUUAAAUAUAGCAGGGGACGAUUACCCAGGCAGGGUCCACCCAAGCCUAGGGGAGGACUUAAGGGGAUGGAGGUUGGCUGGGGGGGCGCUCCUUUUUUUCUCCUCCUGUUUGCCGUUUACCCCCCACCCCCCCCACCCCACUCUUGGUGCAGAACUCAGCCUGUCAUUUUCUCAUCCGAAGUCAAACAACAGCUUUGUGAGAGACGCUUUGGGCUUUGGCCAGAAGAGGGCAUCGGAUCUGAUUAUGGAUGGCUGUGAGGCACCAUGUGGUUGCUGGGAAUUGAACUCAGGAUUGCCUGGGAGAGCAACAAGUGCUCUUAACCACUGAGCCAUCUCUCCAGCCCCCAGGAAAGGUAAUUUUUAAAGACACCUCACAUCCCUUAUAAAAGUGAGAGCCCCCUGGGACUCAGUAAUUUUACUGGAACACAGCAAUCAUUAAGGGUAUGAGUAAAGAGCUGGGUUACAAGGAUGUUUGUGAUGGUACUUAUAACAGUAAAAACCUGAGAUUUUUUUCAACAAAAUUGGUGGAAUACAUCAUACUCCAGUGACUCAAUACCAUGUAAAAUGCUGAUGCAGCAUUCUGUGUGUUGACAUGGAAAGGUUUCCAUGAUGUAUGAGAAUGAGAAAAAAGCAGGAGAGAGAGAGAGAGAGAGAGAGAGAGAGAGAGAGAGAGAGAGAGAGAGAGAAUAUAUAUGUAUGGCUGUGCCCUGACAACAUAAAAACACAUAAAACAUUUUAAGUGGCUGUUCUUGAUGGUAGGGUUUCUAGUGAUUAUAUAUAUAUAUAUAUAUAUAUAAUAUAUAUAAAAAUAAAUAUAAUAAUUAUAUAUACUUAUUGAGGAAUAACUUAUGAACAAUCAAACCACUUGCUUUAAGUGUAUAGGUUGAUGGUUGUGACAGUUUGGAUCUUCAAUGUCGCCCCCCAAAUAAAGGCUUGCUCUUAAGGUGCUAUUGAGAGGUGGUAAGGAGUUGCUUAGUAGGAAGUCUUUAGGUCAUUAGAGACAUACCCUUAGAAGUGAUUGGGAGGGAAAGAGAGGUAGGGGGUUCAGAUGGUAAUGUAUUUGUCAUGCAAUCAAGAUCUAAGUUUAGAUUCCCCAGAGCCCAUAUAAAAAAAAGCUAGGUAUGGUGGUUCAUGCCUGUAAUCCCAGUGCUGGACAGUAGGUAGGGUGCAGAGACGGGCGGAACCCUGGAGUGAAUUGGCCAGCCAGGCCAGUCAAAUAGGCAUUUCCAGGUUCAGUGAGAGACCCUGUCUCAGAAAUUAAGUUAGAGAGCAUGCACGCACACACACAUCCAUGCACACACCAGCACACAUAUGCACAUACAGGACUUUGGGGUUAUACUUCUCCUUUUCUCUUUGGUAUUUCCUGGCUACAAGGUAAACAUUUUUGCUCUGCUGUGCGCUCUGGCCAUGAUCUGCUGCUGCCUUAGUAGACCCUAAGCAACUGCAGCCCCACAGUCAUGGGUUAGAACUUCCAGAACCAACCUUUUCUCUUUAGAAGUUAAUUAUCUUAGACACUUAUUAUAGCAAUGCUACACUGACUAGCACAACGAGUCUGGUAAAAGUGCUUACAAGUAAAGCAACAACAAAAUCAGGGUGUAGAUCGCCUCCCACAUCCAAACCUCUCCCCAGCUCCUUAUGUGCACCCCUUCUCCAUUCUACUGGUUGCUGAUAUGCUUCUCUAGAGAGUUUUGUUUGUUUCAGAGUCUUCCUUGUUAUAUUUUUCUGUUGAUACUUAUCUCAGUUACUUUUCCUAUUGCUGUGAUAGAUAAAAUACUCUGACAAAAGCAACUUCAUGAAAGAAGGUUUUAUUAUUUGGGUUCAAUGUUCCAGGGUCCAUCAUGAUGGGAAAUUAUGGUGGCAGGAGCUUGGGAGCUGGUCACAUUGCACCAGAGAGCAAUGAGUGUUCACAGUCAACUAGAUUCCUCUUUUAUAAUCACUUCAGGACCAGGGCCUAGGGAAUGGUGCCACCCCAUUUUUAGGGUGGGUAUUCCCAGUCGUUGAACAUAUCUAGAUAAUCCCUUACUGGAAAGCCCAGAGCCUAACCUAAUAUAGACAAUCCCUUACAGGUGUGCCUACCCUUGUUCCCUAGGUGAUUCCAGCUCCUGUCAAUCAAUAGUAACCAUCACAUGAAGAAGACACACAUGAAGUGUGUCUUCAGUGAACAUUAACUGUUCUCUAAAACCACAUACCACCAGCAAUAUUAAGAAUAAUACUAGUCUUGGCUUUUAAAAAGCCAACUAACAACUAAUAAAAACAAACAGCAGGCAGUGUAGGUGGAAUUUUCUUUGGGCCAUCAACUCACAAUAAAUGACAUGGAGACUUACUAUAGCUAUGAAAGCUCGGCCUUAGCUUAGGCUUGUUUCUAACUAGCACUUAUCACUUAAAUUAACCCAUACUUUUAAAUCUACAUUCUCUCUUGCACUCAUUACCUCAUCUCCAUUGUGUCCAUCCUGCUUAUUCUGAAUAUGGUUGGCAACUCCACCUUUCUUUUGCCCAGAAGAAAGUCUUCUGCCCAGACUUUCCAGAAGUCCCAGCUACAUCUUCUGCCUAGUUAUUGGCUGUUUAGCUUUUUGUUAUACCAAUCACAGUGACGUAUCUUCACACAGUAUAAUCAAAUAUCUCACAAGGCAGGAGCACAGUGUCCUCUGACCCCCUAUCAGGGUACUGCUGAGCAGAAGGAUGGGAGAGGAGGGAGAUGCCCAUGCAUCUCAAAACUGCAGCUCUAAACAGAGUUAACUUGUGUGGGUUCUAGGAGUUCAUAGGAGGCUAAAAACAACAAAGGUGAACCUCACACUCUGGGCCUUAACAUCCUCAUCAGUAAAAUGGAAAUAUUAAUAAUGACCAUAAUAAUACCCACUGAGUAGAACUGUGAGGAUUCAGAGAGAUUCUGUUUGUUUACAAAGUAAUUCCUAAAUAUACGUGGAUUUCUUUUCAUUCUCCAGCGCUUUCUCUCUUCACCCCGCCUUUCUUCCCCUCUUAAGUUCAGCAGCCCCUUUCAUGUGACCAAUGAAGUCUCGGGCUUCUGAACUCUGAUGAUCUUGCUUCGUGGAAAACAUCAAAUUUGGUGAGAGACUGUCUUCUGCUUCCGUCAUCAUUCAUCAUUUAUUCCUGGCUGUGCUUGAACUGAAGGGGAUUACCAUACAAUAGCAAGCACACCGUUCUUUACUGUCAGCAUUGGAAGCCUCGGGAAGCUCCUGUUCAAUGGAAAAGUUAACUUAUGCAACCCAGCCACAGAGCUUAAAGAGGGAAAGUCGGACCCUUCUUAUGGAUCUGAAUUGUGUGCCUCAAAACGGGUAUUUAAGCCUUAACCACCAGUGCCUUACUUAGAGUGUGAUCAUUUCGGGGGCUGGCGAGAUAGCUUGGUCUGGGAAGUGCUUGCUGUGUAAGAAUGCGUUUGAUUGCCAGCAGUCAUGUAAAACCUGGAUGCAGCAGUAGAUGGUUGUCAUCUCAGUCCUAAGUAGGCAGAGACAGGAAGGUGACCAGCCAGUCUUCAGCCAGUCUCACAGGUUCAGUGAGAGACCUUGCCUUAAAUAAGACAAACAGGAAAUUGAAGGUAGAUAAUUGAUAUCUACCUCUGGUCUCCAUGAACACAUGCUUGCAUACUGUGUGUGUGUAUACACACACACACACACACACACACACACACACACACACACACACACACAGAGAAAGAGAAUGUAAUAAUUUGAAAAUAGAGUAAUCAAGCCGAAACUGGGUGAUGAGGUAAGCUUCAACACAGUAUGACAAGUGUCUAUAGAAAAAGAUUAGGAUACAGACAGGUGGGUGACCUUGGAAGAACACCAAGAGGGCAGCCAUUAGCUGGCUAGAGAGAAAGAAACCAAAUGUGCUAGUGACUCGAUCUUGAACUUCUAGCCUCCAGAAAGUGUAAGAAAAAAAAAGAUUACCAUGUGCUAGUCAGCUGUAUGUUGCUGCAUAUAAAAUACCUGAGAUAAUAAAUUUAAUAAAGGAAAUGUUUAUUUUGGCUCAUGAUUUCAGAGGUUUCUAAUCCAAUGGUUGUCUAUCUCUAUUGUCUGGGUCUGUGGUGCACAAUACAUCACAGUGUCCACAUGGGAGAGGAGACUUUUCACUCCUGUGCUUGGUAAAUGGCAGCUGGGAGUUGAGGGAAAGAGGGAGACCCUGGGGUCUUGUGGUUGUUUGAAUGUAAUUGGCCCCCAUAGGCUCAUAGGGAGUGAUACUUUUAGGAGGUAAGGCAAUAGGUAUAGCCUUGUUGGAAGAAGUGUGUCACUAUGGACACCCAGUAUCUCAAUUUACUUCCUGUUGACUGGGGUCAAGAUACAGGACUCUUAGCUCCCUCUCCAGCACCAUGUCAGCCUGUACACCACCAUGUCCCACCAUGAUGAUAAUGGACUAAAUCUCUGAAACUGUAAGCCACCCCAUUAAAUGUUUUCCUUUAUAAGAGUUGCCAUGGUCAUGGUGUCUCCUCUCAGCAACAGAAACCCUAACUAAGACAGGACACAAUAUCUCCUUCAAGGAUAGAACCUCAGUGAUCUCACUUCCUUCUGUGAGAUCUAACCUCCUAAACAUUCCAACACUUCCCAACAGCACCACAGGAUGGUAACAAAGCUUUUAACAUACAGUAUUUGAGGGAUACCUACCUAAACCACGGCACAACCCUAGUGAAGGAUGCAAGUAUUCUGACUGCUUUUUGAGUGUCUGUCUUAGAACGUCCUUCUUUUGCCUAGGCUGAGUAGCAUGCUCAGAGAGGCAGGUAGGAUGACUAACAGGAAAGGACCAUGAAGCUUCACAAUAAUGGUUCAUUAUUUCCUGCCAUGCCCCAGAACUUCACAACGGAGGUCUCUGGCAUUUCACGAGGAUCAGCCAUGCUUGCUCCCCUAUCCUAGGCUCUAAAUUCAAUGUAGGUUGUAGUGUUGCUGCUAAUAGGCAGCCUAGGUGCCAGCAUUCCACAGGUCUUUACAAUAUGACAACAGGAGCCACAGAAGCAGGUAAUCUGGACCAGUGAGAUGCUUCUCUAGUAAAGGCAUUUACCCCAAGUCUAGCAACAUGGGCUCAACUCCCAGGACCCACACGGUGGAAGGAGAAAAUAGACUCUUGAAAGUUGUCCUCUGAAUUGCUGUAGCAUGCAUGCCCGCACAUAUGCACAUAAGUGUGUACACCAGCACACACACAAUAAAUAAGCAAAAUGUCAGAGAAUAAAACAGAUAAGUUGAAUUUUAAGGAAAGUUCCAGGGAAGCCCUAUAGAGAAGAAACAAUUUGGUAAGUAAUUUAGUGCAAUGUAAUUCUUUCCUAUUGUUUACAUUAGUUUUAAUCUUAUUAUAACUUGAAUUUUAAGAGAAGUCUCUUAAUUGUUUUUUCUUAUGCCCUUUAACAAAAUUGUUUUCUAUUUUGAAAGGUAUUCAGAGAACUUCCACAAAGUAAGUACAAUGUCUAACCAAUACCCAAAUAACAAAUAUUAACCAUAUAGGUUCCCCUCUUGCAUCUCCCCACCCUGCUUUCUCCUCUCCUCUAUCCUAAACCGCCCCCCAUUUUUCAACAGGUUUUCUCCACGUAGCUCUGGAUGUCCUGGAACUCCUUCAGCAGACCAGGCUGACCUCAAACUCACAGAGAUCUGCCUGCCUCUGCCUCUAGAGUGCUGGGAUUAAAGUUGUGCACCACCACCACCUGGCAUCUAUUCUGACUUCUGAAACUCAACAUUAGUCCUUUUAUAAAGAGUGUUUUGCAUGCAUGCAAAGCACUCUACACAGGCCUGAAGAGGGCAUCAGAUCCCUUAGAACUGGAGUUACAGAUGAUUGUUAAGCUGCCAGUGAAUGCUGGGAACUCAACCCUCUACCCUCUGCUGGAGCACCACCGAGCCAUCGCUCCAGCCCCUACACAUUGGUCUUAUGUGAUUUUUGAGCUGUAUGUAAAGAGGCACGUAUAAAAUGGGCUAUCAAGCUCAGUACAACUUUUGUGAGGUUCAUCGGUGUUGUAUACAGAAGGAAUUAAUCUCCUUUGCUCAACAGUCUUCAUGUCCAAGGAACACAUAUUUCAGGUUUUUAAGUUUUUAGUUGACAAAUGACUAUGUAUAGCUAUGUAUAUAAUAUAUUGUCUCAAUAGAUGGAUAUAUUAUGGAAAGAUCAAUUCAGGCUAGUUGUCAUAUCUAUCAUGCCACACAUCUACCAUUUCUUUGUGGUGAAAUCAGCUGUUUGGAGGUCCACAGCACAUUGUUAUUAUUGGUUCCUGUAGACAUCACAUUGUGCCAUAAGACACCAGAAGGGGCUCCUCUAACUGAGCCUUUAUAAUGUUCAUCCUUUCUGGUUUCCAGGUUACUGUCUUUCUUUAACUAUCCUGUACAAUGCCACUGUGCAGGUUUAUAUAGCCACUUGUGUCCCUUGGUUCACCUGCGCACCUGGGUUCAGAAUCUCUGGUGUACAGGGUGGAGCAUGCAACAUUGAUUGACAAUAGCUGUUGUCAGCUGUUUAUUCUGAUUCCUAUUUUAGCUCUCCUGCAUUAUUUUGUCACAUUCUUGUCUCUGACAGUCUACUUAAUUUUAACCAUUCUGGUAGAUGUAUACUUUACUUUAUUCUACAGUUUAAAUUUACAUUAUCCUAAUGACUAUUGAACUGGAAAUGUUUUCAUACAUACAUUGGCCUUUACAUAUUCACUUUUAAGUAUGUCCCCAGUCUGUGGCUUAAUUUUGUAUAAGUUUGUCUGUGUUUUCCUUGCUGUGGUGUGUAGCAUCUUUGCACAUUCUGGGUAAGAUCUUAUUUGGAUUUUCUCUCUCUCUCUCUCUUUCUCUUUUUCUUUCUUUUUUUCAAAAGAAUUCGACCACCGAACCCCAUCCCCAGUGCUUGGCAUGAGUCUUCUUACACUUUGCACACUGCAGAUAUCUCCUCAGCCUGUCCUUGCUGUCUCAUCUUCCGCAUUAUGUCUUUGGAUGAGCAAAAGUUCUUACUUCUAACAAAUUACAUUUCUUAUGAUUUUCUUUUUUCUUUCCAGUGCUUUCUGUUUGCUGUUUGUCUAUCUGAGGUCAUGAAGAUGCUGUUCUGUGUGCAAGUUUAGGGUUCACACAGUUUAGACCUGAACUCCACUGGAAGUCAACCUUAAUCCAAAAGAAGCUUGGAAGGUGGGCUGGUAUGCUCAGUACAGUUUUUAUACAGCAUUUUCAUAUUUAUUGUAGAGUAGGCGUGGAAUGCUGUCCUUUUUUCUGUACAAAUAUACAAAUAGUAUAUUUAUAAUAUAAAUAUAAUAAUAUAGUUAUAAAUAAUGUAAAAUAGCAUAAAUAAUAAAUAAUAUAAAAAUAUGCGUGUAGUUUACUGAAAAGAGUCUAAUUCACCUGCUGUGACCCCUUUGAUAUAAAUCAAGUGUUCCUGUGUAUGUGUCUGUAGUGGACUGUUUUAUCAGCAUAUUUUCUGCUUUUAUAGCCAUACUAUAUUAUUUCACUUAUUAAAAUUUAUCUUAAAAUAUUAGUGCUGAGUAGAAUUGGAGUAAUGUUUGCUGUGUUCGUCCUCAUGAAUAAGUGUGUUGCACAUAUGUUUUAGCAUUUAGUCAGUCUUCAGAAGAACAUCUACUGGGAAUGUAAUCAAAAGUGAAUUAAAUUUGCAGGUCAAUUUGAAGAGCAUUAACAUGCCUACCAUAUUAAAUCUUCUGACACAGGAACAUGAGAUGUCUAUCUGUUCUGGACUUCCACUCUUACAAAUCAUAUACGUGUUUAUUUAGUUCUGUCUCACAUAUUCAGUUUCACGAUGCCAAAUAAAUGCUAUUUUUCUUCCAUUUAUAGUUAAACAAUUUUUUACAAUGCAAAUAAAUUUCAUCUUUGUUAUUGAUCUUGUUUAUGGUUAUACUAAGUUUAAUGAUAUAAAUAUUUAUAGACAUUUUACUGUUCUUUUUUCCUUUGCAUGUAACUGAGUUUACAGGGUUGUUUCUUUUGAAUUUUUUAUUUUUUCCACUGGUUAGGAUUUAAAAUAUGCUAAAUAGAAGUGGACAUAACAGGAGUCUGUUUCUUUCUUGAGCUCACUGAAAGUGCUUUCAAUCAUGUCCCAUUAACUGUGAUGAUUCUAUUUGUGCCUUACAAAAAAAUCUUAGGAAAAGUCGAAGACCUCCCUCCUCAGUUUCUUAAGAUUUUUUAUUUAUUUAUUUAUUUAUUUAUUUUUGGUUUUUCGAGGCAGGGUUUCUCUGUGUAGCUUUGCGCCUUUUCCUGGAACUCACUUGGUAGCCCAGGCUGGCCUCGAACUCACAGAGAUCCGCCUGGCUCUGCCUCCCGAGUGCUGGGAUUAAAGGCGUGCGCCACCACCGCCCGGCCUUAAGAUGUUUUUUAACUAUUUUGUUUUUACAUCAAGAAUGUGUGUUGAAUGUUAGGAAAUGCUUCGCUACGCCAUUUAUUGAGAUGGCUGUAUGAGACAUCUCCUUACUUUUCCUAAAUGGUUAAGGAUUAUGACCUGCUUUUAAUAACAGCAUCUUUAUGAUCCUGGAAUAAUCACAGUGCUGUGUUCUAUUAUCCUUUUAAGUGUACUGCUCAAUUUUGUUUGCUUGUAAGUUGUUGAUUUCUUUGUCUACAUUCAAAUCCAAGAUGGCCUACAAUUUUCUGUUCUAACGAUGACUUGUGCUUGGAUAUCAAGGUUUUUAGACUAUCCAAUGGACUGAGAGGUAUCCACUCUUCUUUGUGCUUCAGAAGAAUUUACAAAAUAUUGAGGAAGCUAGUGUGAGUUUCUUUUUGUUUUAUUUUUGUUUGUUUGUUUGCUUUGUUUUGAGUUACCAUCUCACCCUGUAGCCCUGGCUGGCCUGGAAUUUGCUGUGUAGAGCAGGCUAGCCUUGAACUCUCAAAAGUUUGUCUGCCUCUGCCUCCCAAGUGAUGGGAUUUAAAGUGUGUGCCACCAUGAAUAUCUCCAACAGGUAGGGUGGGAAGCCAGCCUGGGUUACAAAGCAUAGCCCUGUCUCAAAAUUUUAAAAGUAGUGGAAAAGGAAAUUAGUUAUCUUGUUUGCUGGGUUGGGUGUUCAGCAUGGUUUCCCUGUGCUAAAACUAAGGUGUAAUACAUGUUGUAGGAAAAAAACCCUUCUUCACCUUUUCUGGCUUCUAUCAGCUUCAGCUUUGGCUCACGGGCCUUUCUUCUGUCUUUGGAACCAGCAGCAUAACAUUGAAACUUAAAAUACAUGUGUCCACUGGUUUUUGUUUCAGUGUGGUAAGUUGUGUUUUUCAAGGAAUUUAUCAAUUUCACAUAUAGUCACGUUAAUUGGCACUAUUUUGUAAUAAUUUUUUUAAUUAAUUUAAUAGGUUAGUGUAUAAAAUAAUGGGCUACUUCAUACAUUUCCAUGCAUAUGUGUUGUCAUACUUUGCUCUUAUUUGUCCCCUCCCUCCCACACUCUCUCGCCUUCUCCAGCUGGUUCCCUGUCCUCGCCCAGGUAGUUCCCACGUCUUCCUUCCUUCCUCCCUCUGUCCCUCUGUUUCUCUAUCCCUCCAUCCCUCCCUCCCUCUCACCUUCCUUCCUUCCUUUCUUUCUUUUUGAUGCAGUGUCUUUCUACAGAGCUUUGGCUGUCCUGGAACUCGCUAUGUAGACCAAGGUGGCCUCAAACUCACAGAGAUCCACCUGUCUCUGCCUCCCUAGUGAUGGGAUUAAAGGUGUGCACCAUCACUCAUGGCCCCACUUCUGAUUUCUUAUUGUGUCAUUACCCAAUUUCUCAUCUCACUUAAAAUCCCCCCUCCCAUCUCAUGAAGGCCUUUUUGAUUUAUAACCUCAUCCCACGUAUAUAAAUGCACAUUAUAUGUGUAUGCACAUAAAUAUAACUUUAAAUCUAGUUUUCACAUAUGAGAGAAAAUGCACACUAUUUGAUUUCUGAAUCUCAAUUAUUUUACUUUAACAUGAUUUCCAGUUGCAUCCAUUUUUCUGCAAAUGUUAUUAUUUCAGUUUUUAUUGUGGCUGCAUAAAACUAUACUGUGUAUAUGUACCACAUUUUCUUUACCCAUUCAUCUUUUGUUAGACAUUGGGACUUGCCAUAUGGUAUUUCUAUUUUCAGUUUUGCAAGGUACUUCCACACUGACUUCAGCAGUGACCACUAAAAUUUACAUACCCACCUGCAGGGAAUGACAGCCCCCUUCCCCACAUUCUCAAUAGUACUUCUUUUCUUGUUAUAAUUUAUUUCAUGUGCAUAUGUGUUUUAACUGCAUGUAUGUCUGUGCACCACAUGUGUGCCUGAUGACCGCAGAGGCCAGAAGAAGGUGUCAGGUCUGGAGUUUACAAAUGGUGUGAGACACCAUGUAUGUGGGUGCUGGGAACCAAACUGGGGUCCUCGGGAAGAGCAGCCUGAACUGCUCAGCCAUGUCUCCAGUCUCUCAUUGGUUUCAUUUGUUUGUUUUUUAUGAUAGCCACUUUGACCUGGGGAAAGACGGAAUUUCCAAGCAUUUUUAAUGUACUUUUCUCUGAUGGCUAAGAAUAUUGAGCAAGUAUCUACUAACUCACAAUUGUAGUUCAGUCUAUUAGGCUCUAUGAUGAUUGGAUGGUUUCGAGGUUUGAUGUUCUUUAUAUAUCCUCUGUAUGAAUCCCCCUGUCUGAUGUGUAGCAAGAAAACAUUCUUCCCAUUCUGUCUCUUUCUACUGAUGAGUCCCUUGGCUCUGCAGAAGCUUUUGACUUUCACUCAAUCCCUCUGUAAAUCUGGCAGAUUAUCCUAUGUGCUAGCAGAAUUCUUUUCCGAAGACAUUUGCCUAUGCCUCUAACUUCAAUUAUUGCCCAAUGUCAUUCCUGACAGUUUCAAAGUUUCAGGUCCUGCUUAUAGGCCUUUGAUCCAUUUUGAUCCUUCUACAUAUGGAAAUCUAGUUUUCCCAGCACCAUUUGUUGAACACAUUUUCUUUCCCCCAUUGUAAGUUUUGGGCAGCUUUGUCAAAGAUUUGUUGUCUUUAACUGUGUGGGUUUAUUUCUAGGUCCUAUCUAUUUUAUUCAUCUACAUGUCUGCUUUUGUGAUAGUGCCAUGCUGUUUUUGUUACAAUGGCUCUAAAACAUACUUUGACAUCAGACACUCUGACACCUCUAGCAUCUUUCUGCUAAGGUUUACUUUAAAUAUUCAGGGUCUUUUGUGCUUACAUAUGAAUUUUAGGAUUUUUUUUCCAUUUCAGUGAAGAAUGUAAGAACUGCUUUGAAUAAAUAGAUGGUUUUCAGUAGUUCAACAAUUUUCUUAAUAUUAAUCCCACCCAUCCAUGAACAUGGGAAGUCUUUCUUUUAGAAUCUUUAAUUUCUUGAGUAUCUAGUUUUCAGUGUAGAGAGAAGUCUUCCACUUCCUUGGUUAUGUGUACUUCUAGUUUUUUUAAACUACUGUGAGCUACACUUUCCCCUUGAUUUCUUUGCCAACAGGCUUGCUAUUGGCAUAUUGCUAUUGGUUUUUGUAUGUCGAGUUUGUCACCCCCUACCCGGCUGAAAGCGUUUAUUGGACCCAAAAGUCCUUUGAUGGUGUCUUUAGGGUCAUGUGUCUCUGCAGGGUCAUAUGACUGCAGGGUUAUGUCACCCAAAAAUAGAGACAUGGACUUCUUCCUUUUCUACCUGUAUCGCUUUUGUUUGCUUCUCUUGUAUUAUUGGUGGAAGACUUCAAGGGCUCUUUUAAGUAAGAGUGGAGAUGGGUGCACGCUUGUCUCAUUCCAGAUUUUAAAGUAAAUGCUCCCAGGGUUUCUCCUGUUAGUAUAACGUGGGCUAUAGGUUUGUCAUAUACAGCCUUUAUUAUGUUAAGGUACAUUCCUUCUAUUUCCAUUUAUUCAGGGUUUCUAUCAUGAAAGGACGUUUAACUCUGUCAAGGUCUUUCCUGCAUUGAUUGGGAUGGUCAUGUGAUUUCUGUCCUUGCAUCCAUUUACGUGCUGAAUUUCAUUUAUUGGUUUGCAUAUGUUGAGCCAACCUUGCAUCGUUCCUAGAAUGAAAAUAACUCAACCAUGGUAUACAUUUUUUUUAAAUGUGUUCUUUUUUCUGUUUUCCUUUUCUUUUAUUCCUUUUUUUUUUAGUUUUGUCAAAACACUGUUUUCAUGAAUUGCUUUUAUCACAUCACAUUUUUUAAAAAUUAAACUGUUAUUUUGAGACAAAUAUUCGUAAGUGGUUGUAAGUCACAAGUGGCUGGUUGUAAGAAACUUGUAGAAAGACUCAUAUGCUCCUUGUCUGGCUUCUUCUGAUCACAUGAUUUCUAUACAUUUCUGUUAUUCUUUUUGCUUAUUAAGAGAUUUUUCUAUUCAUUUUACACACCAACCUCAGAUUCCCCUCUCCUCCCUCCCCCUGCCCCCCAGCCUUCUCCCGCAACCCACCCACCCCCAUUUCCACCUCCUCUAAGGCAAGGUCUCCCAUGGGGAGUCAGCAGAGCCUGGUACAUUCAGUUGAGGCAGGUCCAAGCCCCUCCUCCCUGCACUGAGGCUGUGCAAAGUGUCUCACCAUAGGUACUAAUCUCCAAAAAGCUGGCACAUGCACUAGAGGUCCGGAUCCCACUGCCUGGGGGCCCUCUAAACAGUUCAAGCUAAACAAUUGUCUCGCUUAUCCAGAGGGCCUAGUCCAGUACCAUGGGGCCUCCUCAGCUAUUGAUCCACAGUCCAUGUGUUUCCACUAGUUUGGCUAGUUCUCUCUGUACUUUUUCCAAUUAUGGUCUCUCUCUUUUUUUUUUUUUUAAAGACAUGAUCUCAGGUAUCUCGGGCUGGCCUAGAGCUCACUCUAUAGCCAAGGAUGCCCUUGAAUUCAUGAUUCUUCUGCCUUUACUGAGAUUUAUGCAUUACCAUACCCAGUUUAUGGUGCUAGGAUUGAAUCUAGGGCUUCAUACAUGCUAGCUAGGCAGGAAUUCUAUCAACUAAACUAUAUUCCCUGCCCACUUAAUGUAUUCUUGAAUUAGGUUUCAAGAAUUCAGUGGCCAAUUGGAAACUGUUCUAUAGCUUCCUUUCUCAGUAUGUCCUUAUCCUGUCUGGGUAUUGAGACAAUGUUGGCUGUGAGGUAUGAAUUUGGUUACACUUCUUUCCUUUCUAAUAUAUUAAUAGUUUGAAGAGUGUUGGUGAUAGCUCUUCCUUUGAGAUUUUGGAGAAUUUGACAGUGAACCCAUCUGUUCCUUGGCUUUUCUUUGUUGGGAGACAUUUUAUAACAGCUUCAGUCCCAUUUAUUGUUAUGUAUCUGUGCAAACUGUUUAGAUCUUUGUGAGUUGGUAGUUCAUAUUUGUCUAGGAAUUUAUUCAUUUCUUUGAUAUUUUCCAGGUUUUUUUUUAAAUAUAAACUUUUAAAGUAUACUGUAUUAACUCUCAAUAUUACAUUGGAAGCUAUACUAACCUCUGUUUUUAUUCAUCUCUAAUUUUAUUAUUUGGGUCUUAUGCUUGAAUGUCUAUUUCUUUCUCUAGAUUUGGAGACAUUUGUGCUGUAAAAUCAUUGAAUGAAUUCAUUCUGCCUUUAGUUUUAAGCCUAACCUAUUCUUAAGUUUCGUCUCUUGAUCAUAUCCCAGAAUCCUCGGCUUUUCUUGAUAUAGUCAAUUAUAUUUGUUUCCUAAUUGAUAGGUGAAUGAAAUAUUUUGACAUUUUUGUUAUCCACAUUUGAUGUUCUUUCCCCUGCUGGGUCCAGUCCUCUGGGGCCAUUUCCCCUGUGUUUCAUAUUUGAUCUGUUGUGUUUCUCAUUUCCACAUUUCUAUUAUUUUUCUCAAAAUUUCAAUUUUCUUGCUGAAUUGUUCUCUGAUGUUGCUGACUUUUUAUCCAUACUGAUGAUUUUCCUCUUCCACUUUGCUGAGUUUCUCCUUUAUGUUGAUAACAUUCAUCUUCUUUAUUAUAUCGUUUUUCAGAUCACAGAUCAUUUUUUUUUUUUAACCAGAAAACUCACCUGGCAUUUGACCUGUUUUGAUAUCUUUGAGUUUAGUGGUUGAGGAAUUAUGAUCAUGUGCCCUUGCUUUUUCAUGCUUCCUGAAUUUCUGUGAUUUAUUCACCUCUUGCUUUGAAUAUCUCUUCUAGUCUCUCUCUCUCUCUCUCUCUCUCUCUCUCUCUCUCUCUCUCUCUCUCUCUCUCUCUCUCUCUCUCUCCUCUCUAGCUCUCACUGCCCUUGAUCUCACUCUUUCUCUGUAGUGUGUUUGUGUUAUAUGGCUUUUUGUGUGUGGUGUGUAUGUGUGUAUUGUGUGUGUGUGUGUAUGUGAUUGGAGAUUGAACCCCAAAAGUCAUGCAUGAUUGUGGGGCAUUUACCCACCAACCCCACAGCUCCCCAGAGUUUUCUUGAGUGUGAGCAGCAGGAAAUAUUAGAUAGAAGGAUUUAUUGCAGAGAAUCUUGCGGAGAUAAACAGAUAGAAAAUAAAGGAUAGCCUCGAGAGGGCCUGGAACCUAUUCCAAUGGCCCAGACUGUCUCUGCCCCAGGGUAUUUAUAGAGACGCCAAGGGGUGGAGCAAAAGACCUCCUCCCCCAGCACAGCCAAGUGCAGACCAUCUCAGACACCUGCACUCAGGCCCAUGGUCCUAAUCAUCCUCUAUGCGGACCUGCUGGGUAAAGCCACGAGGAACCCGAAAACGGGCUCCCACACAUGAUAUAGAAAAGUACUCUAUUCACCAAUUGAGGUUUAUCCCUAGCCUUUAUUUAGAAUUUUAAUAUAGAUAAUGAGGCCACAUUGUUUUCUUUUUCGAUCAGUGUUGAUAAACUUUUGUCUUUUAAAAAUAUUCUUAAAAAAGACCAUUUAGCUCUAUUGAUUUUGUGUAAGAAUGCAAAAUGGUCAUAGCCAGUAUACAAAUACCAAACUAGAAUUCUGGUUGCAAUUUUAUUUAAAUACAUACAUUAAUUUGGGAAAGAAUGAUAUUUUAACAUUCUAUCUUGGAAACUUGUCUGUUUAGAAAUCUCUUCCUCCUUACCCAUCCAUGUGCUAGGGUUACAAGCACAUGUUACCAUAGUUAACAAAUACUAGUUUCCCCCAUAUUCCCAGAAUACUUUACAGUUUUUCUUCUUAGACCUUUUACCUUUCUCUGUCAGGGGGUGGGCCAGUGAAGAGAGGAUCGUGCUAUGUAGCCCUGUCUGACCUGGCAUUCAUUAUACAGACCAGGUUGAUCUUGAGCUCGUGUUAAUCCUAUGUCUCAGCUUGCCAAAUGCUGGCUUUAGAAGCAUGCACCAUCAUCCCUGCCUUUGUUUUUGUUUGUUUUUUUUUCCCCUUUCUUGUGAGAGUCUUUGUAAGGUACUUUCUCAGUUGUGGUUUUUAUUAAAAAAAAAAAAAUUUAAUCCUCCUGACAUUUAAAUGUCUGUUAAUGAAAACUAUGAAUUUCCAUAUUUUAUUCUGUAUCUGAUCACAUAAUAUGAUUCCUUCAACAGUGAGCUUUGGUGUUGAUGGGCAACUAACAAUGCGGUAAGCGUUGUCCACACAUUUCCAUCUCAUGACAGUUCCAUAUAGAUGAUAUCAUCACUUCAGAUCUACAGAUGAGGAAACUUGGGUCCAUAGCAAAAUUCCUCAAUUGUUUUAGGAAAUUAGCCCUCUAAGCUAAAAAUUUUUAAAUUUGUUGCUUACCCAUAUUUAUGAAUUUUAAUUCAACUUUAAGUUUACUAUAAGAAUAUGAAUCUAAAUGUAAACUUAAAAAAUGGUUGUCUCACUUUUAUUGUAUUGACUAAAACUUAUAAAGCAUUGUUGAAUAAUAGAAAAUGGAUGUAUUUUUGAGUUUCUGAUUUUAAUAGAAAUGUGAUUUUUUUUUCUAAAGCUUGUUGUCUUUCUUUUUGAGAACAGACAGGUGUAAAGACAAUCAGUCUCUAGGAGAGUCCAGGAGCCAGAAGACUUGGAUGUGCCGGUCAAGCAUGACUGGAGAAUGUCAGAAGUAAUAGAAGUCAUCUUUUGCCCACAGAUUCAAGCAAAAAACAGGUACCCACUGGGGCUGAGAGAGAAGACCAAAGACCACAGGAGUCAAACCAUCUGAUCAAGAGUGUAAGAGAAUGAGAGUUGGAGGAGCAGCAUCGGGCCAAACUUGACAGACUCAAGGCUCCUGGACAGAAAUUACCACACAACUUGUGGUGUUGACCUAUCUAUCAUGCUCCCAUUCAUAUUGAGCAACCCACCACUUGAAGAAAAGAAAACAGCCCUUGAAAGGUUUACUGAUUCCCAUGGGGAGCUAAGGAUGUAAACCCCAGGCUUCUUGGAGAAUAUGAAAUUGUCAGAGCGAUGUGGAUGAUUCCUUCCUGUAGUUGACAGUGAUUUCCUUCAUAAUGGGGCUUCCUCUGUCUUUGAGGCAGACUGAACCUGGAACUCACCAAUUUGGCUAGACUGCUUGACCACUGAUCUCCAGAGAUCUGUCUGGUUCAACCACCUCAAUGUUGGGAUUACAGGUAGACCCAGACCACCACCUCUGGACUUCAAAAUAGGUGUUGGGGGUCUGAACUCAGGUCCUGUUCUUGUGCAACAAACAUUUUACCACUUGAGCUAUCUCUGAAGACCAUAUUUUCCUACUCUUUAUCCUUUAAUCAAUUACUUUUUACUAUUUCAUGUGGUAUGCUCAACAUGUACAGUUAUGUUCUAGAAAACUCCAUUACUGGUUAAAAACAAACAAACAAAAAAAACAUGCUGACAAUGCUGUGGGAUGGUCUGUAUGUCAAAUGUGUUGCUGAUUGGUCAAUGAAUAAAUCACUGAUUGGCAGUGGCCAGGCAGGAAGUAUAGGCGGGACUAACAGAGAGGAAAAUUGAGAGAACAGGAAGCUGGGUGGGAGAGACACUGCCAGCCGCCAUCAGGACAAGGAAGAUGUAAAGUACCGGUAAGCCACGAGCCAUGUGGCAAGGUAUAGAUUAAUGGAAAUGGAUUAAUUUAAGCUGUAAGAACAGUUAGCAAGAAGCCUGCCACGGCCAUACAGUUUGUAACCAAUAUAAGUCUCUGUGUUUACUUGGUCGGGUCUGAAUGGCUGUGGGACUGGCGGGUGUCAGAGAUUUGUCCUGACUGUGGGCCAGGCAGGAAAACUCUAGCUACAUGACAAUAUACACAGUACACAGUGACCAGAUGAUUUCUUUGUAUAAUUUGUGUAUAAAAAUACACUGAAACUAAAAUAAAAUGGUAUACAGAAUUAGACUAUGAUCCUCCCCAUUCUCUAAUGUCCUCAAAUCCCAGGUCUUACAGUUAGAUCUGCAUAAGUCAUGAAAGUUGAUGACCUUGAAAAAAACCCUUCACAUCAAGACAUGCAUGAAGGGGAAGAGUAUGGUGAUAUUUCAUUUGUACUGGAAUAUGAUUUUAUUUGUAUGUUAAUAAAUAAAGUUGCCUGGGGGUCAGAGCUAAUAGCAAGCCAUAGCAGAAGCCAGAUGGUGGUAGCACAUACCUUUAAUCCUGAUCACAAUACAGGCAGAUCUCUGUGUGUUCAAGGAUACAGCCAGCAUGAAGACACACGCCUUUAAUAUCAAUACCAACCAUAGAGACCUGGAGGUCUGUAUAGACAGGCAUUGACUAGGAGGUCAUGUGGUUGGGUUUACAACCAAUGAGAAUGCAGAACAGAGAGAGUCAAUAAAAAGACAGACACACAGGAAGUAGGCCUCUUUCUCAGGGGAAGGAUGGAUGGAAGCAGCAGGGAAGUGUAAAAAAGGGAUUUUAGUAUCAGCUGUUGGCUGCUGCUCUGACCUCUUGGGCUUUUAACUCUG